AUGCGUGCUCCCUCCGACACGCCGCCUCCGCUGCACUUCUCGCCCCCAUCCAGCGAUCUUGAUCGUGCCUCCACCCCUGAGUCGACCCCGGUUGGCACCCCCGUGGGCUUUGGUAUCGCAUCCGCCCGCAGACUCGACCGGGACAGACCCUCGUAUUUCCCCUGGCAGCGUAAACUCGGAGAGGAGCGACGGUCGCCUCUGCGCGACAGCCCGGCUGUUUUCGAGUCCGACCUGGACGACGACGACUCCACCUUUCCGCUGUUCCCGUCGUCACCGCCGCCGUCGCAGCCUCCCGCCAGCAGGGCCAUGGAGAACUUUACGCCCCCCAUCAACAUCUCCGCCUCUCGCCAGCCCUCCCUGUCGCCGCCCGGCCAGCAGGCCUCCAACCUGACAUCAGCCCUCCAGCGAGCCUCCAAUGCUGACCGCCCUGACCUGAUUUCUGCCUGGAACGGCGCCAGCCCCACCGCCCUCAAAACAAACGGCGCCCGAAAAGACUCGUUUAGCGCGACGAUGGCCCAGUAUUCGAAUGGCUCCAAGCCCAUCACGGUCGUGGGCUCGAAUCGGGAGAAGCCCCGGCGAGAGAGUCUGGCUGGUAGCUUGGUUGGAGGAAUGAGUUGGGGUGGUGUCUCUGUUGGAAGCUGGAUUAGAGAUGACAUCAUCAUGACAGGAACUUCGCCAUUUACCCUCCAGUCGCCUUCGUAUCAUUCAUCGUCCUACCUCCCCAAGCUCGAGGCCAACUACAUGCGCGAUUUCUCGUGUUGUGGCUUUACACUUCCAACAUUACAUGACCUCCUCCAACACUACGAAGAAGCCCACGCUCAGCGAUCGCCACCACCGCCACAGAAAGCGCCUUCUGGCCAAACAAUACCUGAUGCUAGGCCUAGUGGGAUCGGAAAUCAAAUCCACCAAAACCAGCAGUCAGUCACAGGAAAGGGGUUCAGUUCUCCCCAGCCCGCUGGUAAUCAACGCCGAGCAAAUGAGAUACUGACCACAACGCCACAGCGAGUCCAACCGCAGACUGGAUUUACUGCGUCUCGCGUAAUGGAUUUACCCGAUAUCGACACCGUUGAUGAUAUGGAGAUGGACGACCCAUUGUCGGAUUCUAAUUUCCAGCAGCCUCAGCAGCAACCCUAUCUGCAAACCCGAUUUGGGCAAGAAAACAGAGCAACUAGAACGUCCCCAUUAAAUCUUGGGAUGCUCCAAAACCAAGGAUUCAGGAGUUCUCAACCUGGGACACCGUCGUCGCCCGGAAGGCCACUUCAAAACAACCCCACCGUUUCGUCUGUAAAUACCCCAACUCUCCUACCACAUUCGCUGCAACAGCAGCAGCAAAAUGCUCAGUAUCGCAAUACCCCAGAAUCCUCUGCGCCUGGAACUCCUGCCGAGCUCGAUGAAUCCAUCGUUGGGGGGCUGAGCGAAAUGUCUAUGCAAGGUAACCUCAUGGCGGGAAAUCAAGCCCAAUUUCCUGGCUACGGCGGACAGAACGAUAUGCUCGACUUGUGUAUUGACGAACCUGCUAAGAGACUAUUCCGCCAAGGCGGUGGCUUCAAGAACACCCAGCCGAAUGCCCAAUUUCGAUUAGGAGGAGCACAAUAUGGCCCGAACAGUGAAAUCGCCCAGCGUAUCAGAGAACAACAAAGACUAGCUGGCGUGCCUGAUCCGACAUUCCUUCGACCUGAUGAAGAGCCGAAACCAUAUCGGUGUCCAGUUAUUGGGUGCGAAAAAGCCUACAAAAACCAAAACGGCCUCAAGUACCAUAAAUCCCAUGGUCACAAUAACCAGCAACUUCACGACAACGCCGAUGGAACAUUCUCCAUCGUUAAUCCUGAAACCUCAACUCCGUACCCAGGUACUCUUGGCAUGGAGAAGGAGAAACCGUACCGUUGCGAAGUGUGCGGGAAACGGUACAAGAAUCUCAACGGUCUCAAGUACCACAAAGCCCACUCACCGCCUUGUAACCCGGAACUCUCUUUUAUGACUAACCGAGCUUUGAAUGCUGGCGGAGUAAUGCAGGGCGAAAAUGUCAACGUUGCUGGAGCUGGUCUUCCAGGCAUUGGAGAGUAA